AUGUGGUACAAACCCAGUGGUACUUGCAAUAUUCGGAAACUACAAGAAACACAGUCCAGUGUUGACGAGCUACUCAAACCAUAUCAGGAUCUAUUUCAUGGAAUUGGCAGAGCGACCCGCAAUGGAGAGGAGAUUCAGCUACAUUUACCAAUGGAUGAAGAGGCUGAACCAGUUGCACAAAAACCAAGACGAGUUGCAUACCACCUAAUGGAACCUCUCCAGAAACGACUCCAAGAAUUUGUGGAACAAGACAUCAUGGAGAAAGUUCCUGAUCAAGAACCUAUAACAUGGUGUUCUCCUAUGGUUGUACAACCUAAACCAAAGAAUUCCAAUGAUAUACGCCUCCGCUUGGAUUUACGAACACUGAAUAAACCCAUGUUACGAACUUGCCAAGUCCAAGCACCCAUUACAGAAGAUUUUAUUACAGCGUUUAAGGAUUGCCGCAUAUUCAGCAAGUUGGACCUCCCUGGACGAACAACCCUGGAAGAAUUGGGCAUGGUGAAGAUUGAUGAAACAGGAUGA